AUUUCCUUGAACAACCUGUCAGACAACCGUGGAGCCACUCACUACAAAAAACGACUGGGGAGGGGCAUCGGCUCUGGCCUGGGCAAAACUUCAGGGCGGGGGCACAAGGGGCAGGGGGCACGGACAGGGCGAAGUCCAAAGCUGGGCUUUGAGGGCGGUCAAACUCCCCUGCGGCAGAGAGCGCCCAAGAGAGGUUUCCACAACCCGCACGCCGUGGUAUGGGAGCCGCUGAAUCUGGGCACCCUCCAGGAAGCUGUGGAGAAGGGGCGGCUGCAGCCGGGCGCAGUCAUCACCAUGAAGACCCUCCACGACGCCGGGCUGCUAUCCAAAAAGAUCCACCACGGUGUCAAGCUGCUGGGCUCGGGGGCGGAGACCUUCAACAAGCCGCUGCAUCUGCAGGUGAGCCAGGCAUCGGCCAGCGCGGUUGCGGCAGUAGAGCGCGCCGGAGGCAGCGUGACAACCGUCUACUACAACAAGCUAGGCAUGCGCGCGCUGCUCAAGCCGGAGUGGUUUGCUCGCAAGGAGCGGCUGCUGCCGCGGCCGGCCCGGCCG